AUGAUAUGCAACAUUGGAAAGUACUAUCCGUACAUUGCAUCAAAGAUACUGUGCAACGAGACAAUAGUGCUGACUCACACGCAUCCCCAGGCAAUAAUUUCGAGUCCAGGAUUCCCACGCCCCUACCCUGACAAUGUGGACUGCGUCAGUGAGGUCCGAGCGCCGCCAGCACACACGCUACGGCUUCACUUCGAAGAGUUACUUACUGAACACGAACCACAUUGCAGCUACGAUUUCCUGGACAUCUACGAGUCUGGAUUCGACAAUAGCACCGAACGAGCUGGAGAAGAAUGGCUUGUGACAGAUCAUCAACACUUCUAUAGUCAUGAAAAUGAGGUAUGGGAAGAAAUGGGGACGCUUCUACCAGAGUCAGACUCGAUAAGUGCUGGAUGGACGCGUUACUCGGCGUCAAUGCACGCGCGUCGCUUGUGUGGCGACUGGAGCGGCAAGCUCAAGUUGCUUCGUUACCAAUCACGAAGUAACACACUGAGACUUCGCUUCCGGACGGACCACUCGAGCCACUACGCCGGAUACCGUGCGAAGAUCACUGUUGCUGACUGUACGUAA